AUGGAGGAGAACACGACAAUGAAUACAUGCUGGCGCAACACCCCAAGCCACAUCCUCCAAAAGAUCAUCACAGAAGUCGUCCUGACCCCACUCCGCCUUACAACCACCCACAGCGGCAGAGACAUGACCAGGGAAAGAGUACGAGCCGUGGACCCAGAGCACUGCAAAGAUGUCAUCGCCAUGUUCCAUCUCUCCACAACAAGCCGUCAGCACGCCAAAACCGUGUACCGAACCUCCGGCGCCCAGCAGAUCGUCCCGAGAGCCACCGUCCCCGGCUACCGUCGCCUUCCUUCACCACCGUACCUUCUCUCGCGACCUGGAUUCCUCUUCAUGGAGUUCGGAUGCGACUCCACUCGGCCGGAGACGCGAGGCACCACGCUGGCCCUCUUCCACGAGAUCCUCAGCCCGUUGAACACUGCUUUCGUCAAUGACCUCGCGUGGAUUGAGGUUAAGUCGACGGUUUGUCCAACUGCGCGCGCCAACUACCCGCACUUCAAGAGCAUGUUGCUUUCAGUCUGUGAGGCUGCGGCUGCGGAGAUUUGGAUAUUUCAGAGACGAAACGGUCGACCGAUGAUCACGGCAGCGACUUGUGAUAUUCAGAUUCGGAGCUUGGUGGUGUGGGAGAAGCUCUGA